GGUUCCUCUUUACCCAGUCGGGCUCGGACCUUGACUUUCUGUUAAGUAACAGACUUCACCGUCCCAUGGCACAUGACUGGGCUUAUUUUCAACAUCCUUUGCGUCAACCUUCUGUAGCCGUCAAUUUCUUUGUUGACUGGUCUUCUCACGAGUAGUCGCACGUCCAAGUUGGGCCUAAGCUUUCUCGAAAGGUGUGAAUGAAGUCGAGAUCUUCGCCUGGUUUCUCCUUCUGCCACCUAUUUCGAGCUUCGUUGCCUUUGACCAGGCACUUUGAGUGGGUGCACUGUUUGAUCCCGAGACCGCCUCUUUUUCUGGGAGCUUCCAGACCGUGAUAUCUCUAUUUCUGUUUGCUCAUAUUGAACCGAACCAUCUGGACUGUGUCACCGCCUCCGUUGCUCGUCUUCGUUGAAAGAGUGUGGUUGUUAUUUUUAAGUUGGGUGGAGGUGUGACGCUGGUCAAACAGGCCUGGAAUUGCUUGACUAACAAAAAUCUUUAUGGUCGGAUCAUCGGCCGAGGUGUCUCCGGCCACCGGUGCGUCAAGGGUCCUUUUUUUUUCUUCCUUAUAUAAAUUCAAAGGUAGCCACUGGGGCAAAGUCGACUACGUCAAAAGUUUCCCGAAAGUCGAACAACAAGAGGCAGUGCCAGAUUCGACAAUUAACGCCCUAUCGACACAAUGGGUCAGGUUUCGUUCGAGGGGAAGAACCCCGAGUCUCACUACCCCGAGUCAAGGGUGCUCAUCAUCAUGACCGGCGGUACAAUAUGCAUGCAACCGUCUGCAGAUGGUCUGGUUCCCAUGACGGGCUUCUUGAAGAACGCCAUGGCUCCUCGCCCUUCGUUCAACGACCCUACCGCUCCGAAUGUUCAGCUUCGGGCAUACAAGAACGGGGCUAAAUUGACGUUGGACAGCCUGAGAACACCAGUCAGCGCGUAUUCUCGUCAUAUUCGUUAUGGCAUCCUUGAGUUUACCCCCUUGCUCGACUCGAGUUCUAUUUCUUCCAUGGGAUGGACCGAGAUCGCGCUUACUAUCAAGGAGAACUACCACAUGUUCGACGGCUUCGUGGUGUUGCAUGGAACCGAUUCCCUAGCAUACACGGCAUCAGCCCUUUCUUUCAUGAUGUCGGAUCUCGGGAAGCCGGUCAUCCUUACAGGGUCGCAAGCCUCCAUCUUUGCUCUCCAGUCUGACGCAGUUGACAACCUUCUUGGCUCGCUCAUCAUCGCGGGAACUUUCGUUAUCCCCGAAGUCUGCCUCUUCUUCCACCACACCUUGUACCGCGGCAACAGGACGACCAAGGUAUCGGCUUCCUCCUUCGAGGCAUUCGACAGCCCUAACUGCGAUCCGCUGGCCAAGGUCACAAGUCUAGGAGUGGAUGUUAAUUGGGCGCUGAUUCGACGGCCCACUCAAAUUGCCGAAUUUCAAGUGACAAAAUAUCUCGACACCGCACAUGUGGCUUGUUUACGUAUCUUUCCCGGAAUCAAGCCUGAGAUGAUCGAAUCCGUUUUAAAGGUUCCAGACCUCCGUGGUUUGAUUCUCGAGACGUUCGGCAUGGGCAAUGCACCGGGCGGCGUUGAUGGCAGUCUGACCAAGGUCAUCAAGGAAGCAAUUGACCGUGGAACUGUCAUUGUCAACGUGAGCCAAUGCACAAAUGGCUUCGUCUCGCCACUCUAUGCCCCCGGAACCGUACUGGGAAGAGCAGGCGUGGUAUUUGGCCAUGAUCUGACUACCGAAGCGGCUCUGACGAAGCUAUCCUAUCUCCUGGCUCUGCCAAACCUUACCUACUCUGAGAUUACAGCAAGGAUGUCGCAAUCGCUACGUGGGGAGAUGACAGAAAUGGCAACGCCCUCUUUCUCGCACCCCGCGGGGAGCAUCGACUCGGCUAUGGCAUGGCUGCCUGCUGCAGACACCGCUUUCACGGCUCUUGGCUACGCCAUCCGCAACGGGGAUCUACGGACUGUUCGCGAAAUCCUUGAGGGUGACGAGUUCAACCAUCAGCUCCUCAAGAGGGCUGAUUACGUCGGCAACACCCCCGUGCAUCUUGCCGCGGUUGGGCCCAAUCCAGAUGUUCUUCACGAGUUGCUGAUUCGUGGUGCUAGUGUACAUCCACGUAACUAUGCAAACCACACACCUCUUUAUCUUGCAGAAAAGAUGGGUAACGUGGAGAAUGUGAAAUUGCUGAAGGAGGCUGGGGCGCACUUGUGGAGGACAGAGCCGCAUUCAGGCAAUGUGUCUGAAGCAGGGGACCUAGCGAGUACGACGGACGUCGCUUCAGUUGGUGCCGCAGACGAUGACAAGGAGGUGAAAGAUGUUUCCGAACACAGGUCCAACGAAAAGGAGCAGAAGACAAAUGACCAGGUGGCAGACACGGUGUCUCCUCGGCAUGGAUUGGAUAAAAGUCAUUUGGUUACAGACGAAUCCUUGGUCCAUGGUCUGAAGAAAGAGGAUAUUGGCAAGUUUGUCAAUUAGAGCUGGGCGUGCCUUGGGCUGGGGAAACGGAAACAAAGGGAUCUGCGGGAUGGGAUAGGAAAACAUAGGGAACAGCAAAUAUAUUUUCUAGAAGAAAGACCGUCUAACACAAGUUGACGUGUUCAACACCAGCCAGGGACACUGCACACCCGUGUGCCCUUGCACCAUUGAGCAUGCUGUUGGGUAGGUUUAUGACCUAGAUUUCAAGUCAACAGCCCAGCCUGAAGUGCGACCUACUAUGCCCUAUUGAGUGAUUGCGGAGCUUGUACACUUGCUAUACUAUGAAGUCCAGAAUCGAUCACCCGUUGACAUCACUUCUUUGUCACCGAGUUUCCCUUUCUGUGGAUCACAGUAAGAUAAUUCUGGAUCAGCAAAAACACACGAAUUAUUUUGCUGGAGAAACAGCGGGAAAUACGAAAACGGAGUUGAUUUUCAUUUUAAGCCUCAUCCUCAAGGUUACAUGAACCGGUUUGAGACAAGCUUGCGCCAUAGUGUACAUAUGAUAUCUUAGUAUAAGGAAUCAUUAUUGGGUCGCUUCGGAGCUCUUUGAUCAUA